AUGGCUGGUCAGAAGGCGGCUUGGUUUUGUGCGUGUUUUAUAUUGUUUACUGUAGCCGAGGCAGUUCUCUCUGGAUUAUACAUCGAUAAUGGGGUUGAUCAAACUGUUAUUCAUCAUUCUAUGACUCCACACGAGAGGAUGGUGGUAGAGCAUGAAAUAUUGGAGUUGUUAGGUCUCGGAGAGAGGCCGAGACGAUCUCGCGCACCAACGCUUGAUCGCUCAGCGCCUAGCUUCUUGUUGGAUGUUUACAAACAACUCGCUGAAGAACACGAGCAAGCUCGACCGACUCGAAGCUCUGAAAUGGCGCUUAGCGGCGAUGAACAACAUGCUAUUGACGAGAGCGACCUCAUCAUGACCUUUCAAAGCAAAAGGCACCAUCUAGGUGCGCUGCGUCACGGUCAUGGCAGGCACGUUUGGUUUGAGGUGACCGGUGCACCCGGUGACGCAUCCUCUCUUCUCACUGCUGAGCUGCGGCUACAUCAGGCUCCGACACAGACGGAAGACCCCGCCAACUUGUACACUGUCAUAGCUCACAGAGUUAUCAGCGUUGAUAAUAUAGGGAGUAUACAGAUGGAGCAGGUAGCCGCAGUGAACACCAGUGCUGGCUCUGAAGGCUGGCUAGAACUCAACGUAACUAGCGCCCUAGCAGCGUGGCUCUCAUCUCCAGCCGACAAUCGAGGCUUUUUUAUCACUUUACAUCCACAUUCACAACCUGAACGUCACGUGAAACUAGAAGAAAUUGGUUUGGAGGAACCGCGUGGCGUUGUGUCAGAAGGGAAACAGCCAUUCUUGGUAGCAUUCUUCAAGAGCGGACCGAAGCUCAGCGGCGGGGACGCGGGAGCUCGGCGAAAACGUGAGGCGAGAAGGUGGCGUUCACAUGGAUACUCAGAGAAUUAUCUCACGAGAAAUCCACUUACGGAUACAUCGCACUGGACUACGAGAAGCUGCGAGAUUCAAACGCUCUAUGUUAGUUUUAAAGAUCUAGAGUGGCAGGAUUGGAUUAUUGCACCAGAUGGAUAUGGCGCAUUUUAUUGCAGUGGAGAGUGUAACUUUCCUUUAAAUGCUCAUAAGAAUGCCACUAAUCACGCGAUUGUGCAAACACUAGUGCAUCUCUUGAACCCCACUAAGGUGCCGAAGCCAUCUUGUGCCCCGAUAAAGUUAUCACCGAUUUCGGUACUGUAUUACACAGACGACUCGAACGUUAUCCUACGCAAGUACAAGAAUAUGGUGGUCAAAAGUUGCGGGUGCCAUUGA